ACAAUUACGUCUUGUUCGGACAACAAGUGCCACACCAUUGUGUCCACUUCUACUCCAGCUACCGGUACUGAAGUCACCCUGACAGUUACUGUUUCCGAGGGCCUGACCGUGGUUGUCACAAUUACGUCUUGUUCGGACAACAAGUGCCACACCAUUGUGUCCACUUCUACUCCAGCCUCGGUGAUAACAUCUGCUCCAAGCCAAAGUUUGACGACUGAAACCAAGACAGUUACAUCAUGUGCCAACGGAAACUGCAACGUUGUUACGUUGACCACCACCUACUGUCCUGAGCUGACGUUACUGACUAGUUACACAACUGAAAUCAGAACAAUUACGUCUUGUGCGAAUGGAAACUGCAACGUUGUGACCUUGACCACC